GGCCCAAAGCCGAAAAAGGCCCCCGAUGCAGCAUCACAUCCAAUCAUCCACCUCAUGAGAGAUGCCCAGCACGACUUCGCCGAGGUCAGGAAACGACAGUCCACGUCUCUGGAAGAGGCCGUCAAAGAGUACCGCAGGCGAUACGGCAUCCCGCCUCCUCCGCACUUUGACAAGUGGUACGACUUCGCCGUGAGCAACAAGGUGCAGCUGAUUGACGAGUUUGACACCAUCCACGACAUGAUGACUCCCUACUGGGGGCUGCAGCCGCGGACGCUCCGCGCAAGGGUGACGGAGGCGCUGGGAUAUGAUAACGGGCUGUUGGGUGUUGCUAUCCGCGAUCAUGAGAUUACGCACAUGGAGCAUGGGUUCGAGUGGCAGAAGAAUGCCACAAAGGGCAUGAUGGACAAGUUUCUACAGUACCUGCCGGACAUGGAUCUGGCAUUCAACAUCCACGACGAGCCUCGAGUUGUUGUUCCGCAUGACGACCUGUCUCGCCUCGUUAGCAAAGCCAAGGACGAGACCAUGGCCGCGUUGAGCGGCAAAACGAAGCUCGUCAACGACUUCUCAGCAAGGCCAUCCGACCUCAACGACGGCAAGACGUUCAAGGAGACAAAGCUCACGCGCUUCAGCAACAUCCGGCACCAGUCCACCUGGGCAGACUCCCGCCUGUCCUGUCCGCCAGACAGCCAGGCAAGGAUCCUCGAAGACGAGCGCGCCGACGAUCUGAGCCGGUACGGCGUCAGCGAUCUCGCUUUCGUGUACAACGCCACUGCCAUGUCCGACAUCUGCCUUACGCCGUCCCUCAGCUCGACGUAUGGCUUCUUUGACCGCCCAAACACGUUCAUGAUCACCCACGACCUGCUGCCCGUCUUCUCCCAGUCCAAGAUAUCGUCCUACGGGGACAUUGUCUACCCGUCUCCGUGGUACUGGUACAAGAAGGUCGCGUACAACGAAAGCAACGACAUGUCCUGGGACGACAAGGAGAGCAAGCUCUACUGGCGAGGUUCCACGACCGGAGGCUACAGCCGCAACGGCGGUUGGAGGCGGCAUCACCGCCAGCACUUUGUUCAAAAGAUCAACUCCAAGGAGCAGGCCAAGAUCAUGGCCAACAGCGGCACCCCCGAGAGCCCCCAAUGGGAGCCCAAAGAGGUGCCCCGCGGCGACUACCAAAAGCUCGUCGACGUUCACUUUUCUCACGUCGGGCAGUGCGAUCCGGGAGACUGCGAGGCCCAGAAGCAGUUCUUUGACGUGGUCGAUCCGGUCGACCAGCAAGACGCCUGGGGGUACAAGUACCUCCUCGACAUGGACGGCAACGCCUUCUCCGGCCGGUUCUACGCCUUUCUGCAGAGCCGCAGCCUGACUUUCAAGCUCGCGCUGUUCCGGGAAUGGCACGGCGAGUGGUUGAGGCCGUGGGUGCACUACGUGCCGCUGAGCCUGCAGGGGGACGACUGGCUCGAGGCGGUGCGCUUCGUCGACGAGGAUCCCGAGGGGGCUGCCGAGGGGCGCAAGAUUGCGGAGGAGAGCCGCGAGUGGGCGAAUCGGGCGGUGAGGAAGGAGGAUAUGGAGGUGUGGUUUUUCAGGUUGCUCUUGGAAUAUGCACGGGUCAUCGACGAUAACAGAGAGAAUCUUGGAUUUCAGAUACGAGCUGGGAGGGCAUGA